UAGCGCUUAACCUGUUUACCUCAUUUUUUCCAACCAGCUGUAUGCCUUCGGUUGGAGCUCUCGUUUUUCUGUCUCUCUUGGUUUUGCUUGCUUUCUUGCUCCCUCGUGGACAAUGCCAGUUUCCCAUGGAAUGCCUUAAUGCCCAACUCAACUCAGUGCGGACGGAAUGUUGUCCACUAGAAGUACCUACAGAUAGCGCUACAAAAUGCGGCGGUUCAGGUAAAGGCGUAUGUGUUGACCUGGACAUGAAAGUUUAUAGUCAACAGUUCAACAGGAGGAAAUCCUCAGCUUGCGAACCAAACGACCCGCGUAUAGGAUGGCCAUAUUCAUUCGGUAUAAGAAGGUACUGCAAGUGUACAAAAGCAUGGGAUGGUCCUGGGUGUACAGAUUGCGCUGAAGGAUACAGAAAAAACGAAAAAGGGAACUGCGUUGCUCGAAGUGGUACUCACGCGAUUGUUCGUAGAAACGCACUAGGAAUGACCGAUGCAGAAUGGAUUACGUUCUGGAAUGUUAUCAAUCAAGCAAAAAUGACACCCAGCAACUACCUUGUUUACAAGGGAACUGCAACGACAACUGAAGAUACAAAUCCUCGACUUACCGGUACCGUUUCUUUUGUUAAGCCUGUUACAGUAUACAAUCUGAUAGUUUGGAUGCACUAUUAUGCAACGAAAGGCAAUAAGUCCAAUAAGCUCGUGCAAUGUGAUUUUGCUCAUGAGCAAUCCGGGUUUCUGACUUGGCACCGAGCCUGGCUACUUUUCGUCGAAAGAGAAUUGCGAAAAUUGAGUGCUGCGCCAGAUAACUUCGCAAUUCCUUACUGGGACUGGACUGACACGAGCACAGUGAAUCAACUUUUUAAUAAUGGUGCACAGUCGCGAAUGGGGCGGAGCUUCAUUGCUAACAACGGAGAUAAGUCUGCUAAAACCCCAGAUCCCUCCUUCAACGCAAUCGUUAACUUCAAAUCAUCCCAAUGGCAAACGGUCUGCACUGAUAACAAAGACGCUGGACCGAGGAUAGCUUCUGAGUGCGAUCCAUCUAAGCCUGAAGUAGGAUCAUAUAUUACGCGGUGUCUCGGCUGUAGGAAAGAUCUUUUGGACUCCAGAGCGCUCCCAACUGCAGCCGAACAAAACAGAACGAUAGACUGCGUAAAAUGGCUUGAUUCAGAUCCGUGGGACAAAACGUCCAAAGGAACCGACAGCUUUAGAAACUCUCUGGAAGGCUGGGUUAAUACAACUACACUUGAUAAACCAGGAAAUGCAAAGUACCACGAGUUUCACAACAGAGUUCAUAUUUACAUGGGCGGGACUAUGGCCGAUGUUUCACCUGCUCCUAAUGAUCCGAUUUUCUUGCUCCAUCACGCCAACGUCGAUCGCAUCUUUGAAAUAUGGUUGAAAAAGACUAAGAAAACCAAAUUCAUACCAGAUAGCAGCAAGAAAGUUCAUCCGGGGCAUGCCAAGAAUGAUUGGAUAGUACCAAUUAUUCCUUUUGUGACGCAUGAAGACAUCUUCAAGACAGCUUCAGCUCUCGGAUACGCAUAUGACAAUACCACGGUUCCGUCUGCGGCUAUACACCUGACUUUUCCAAGUCUGACACAAACAUUUAUCGUUGCUGUUGUCGCUGUAAUUGUUCAGUCUUUUGCUUAAACGUCGCAAGGUGAAGACAGCUGACUAAAGCUAGUCAUAGAGUUGGAGCUGAUGCUGUCAGUUAAAAUGUUUGUUUACCGCGCAUGCGCAACUGUCUGCUACUUUUAUGUUCAUGUAGUUUGUUGAGUUAAAUGUUGCUUCCUGCAAUUCUGCAAAUUCUUUUGAAUGCAAUUAUA